UCGUUGGCUGAAGCUGAAGCAGCUUCUCUUCUCAACCUGUUUGUUGGUCGCUCUCUCUCUCUGUGUGUGGCUUAUUAACACCCAGACUUUAUCAUAAUAAGCCGGCCCGAUUACUCUGGGGGGAUUUAAGCCGCCGUCGCCGGAAGGAGAUAACAGAUACACAGCUAGCUCGCCUUUUUUUUGACAUCGGACGCAACAACAACAACACAACGAGUAUGUCUUGAGCUCGGCGAAUUAAAAACUGAAAGGCUUUUCAAAUGUAGCUUGUUGAGCUAGCUAGCGUCGGGUACAGUUUUUCUUGUUAGUUUGUCUUUAUUUUUUAUUUUUUUUUUUUGGUCUUUUUUUUUUUUUUUCUCCUGCUCUUGGUGUCAGCGUCUCCAUGACGAAUUAUUUCCACCGACGAAGAAGAACGGACGGGCCGUAACGAGGAAAAAAAGGCUGAAAAGACGUGUCAAGAAGAAUCCCUGAUUGUUAACCCCCCCUCAUCCCUCCCUCCCUCCCUCCCUCCCUUCAGCCCCCCCCCAGCCCCGGGGCUAACCCCCGGUCACCGACCGAAUUAAUGGCCGGAAAUCCGAGGAGGGGCGCCGGUCUCAUCGGCUUGAUGAAGGACGCCUUUCAGCCCCACCAGCAGCCUCUCCAGCCUCACCAACCUGCAGUGGUCGAUAAGAAAAUGGUGGAAAAAUGCUGGAAACUCAUGGAUAAGGUGGUGCGUCUGUGCCAGAACCCGAAGGUGGCGUUGAAGAACAGCCCGCCGUACAUCCUGGACCUGCUGCCGGACACCUACCAGCACCUGCGCACCAUCCUCUCCAGAUACGAGGGCAAAAUGGAAAUCCUGGGGGAGAACGAGUACUUCCGCGUGGUGGUGGAGAACCUGACCAACAAGACGAAGCAGACCAUGAGUCUCUUCAAGGAGGCCAAGGAGAGGAUGUACGAGGAGAACUCCCAGCCCAGGCGAAACCUCACCAAGCUGUCUCUGAUCUUCAGCCACAUGCUGGCCGAGCUAAAAGCCAUCUUCCCCAAUGGCUUAUUUCAGGGCGACAACUUCAGGAUCACCAAAGCCGACGCUGCCGAAUUUUGGAGGAGGUCGUUUGGGGACAAGACCAUAGUGCCAUGGAGGACGUUUCGUCAGGCUCUCCACGAGUUUCACCCCAUCAGCUCAGGUCUAGAGGCCAUGGCCCUCAAAUCCACCAUCGACCUCACCUGCAACGACUACAUCUCGGUCUUUGAGUUCGACAUCUUCACCAGGCUCUUCCAGCCCUGGUCGUCUCUUUUAAGGAACUGGAACAGUCUGGCAGUCACACAUCCUGGGUACAUGGCCUUUCUAACCUACGACGAGGUCAAGGCUCGGCUGCACCGGUUCAUCCACAAACCCGGCAGCUACAUCUUCAGGCUGAGCUGCACUCGCCUGGGCCAGUGGGCAAUCGGCUACGUGACGGCCGACGGGAACAUCCUGCAAACCAUCCCCCAUAACAAACCACUCUUCCAAGCCCUCAUUGAUGGAUACAGAGAGGGAUUCUAUCUGUUCCCAGACGGCCGUGCACAGAACCCGGACCUGACGGGGCUGUGCGAACCGUCUCCGCAGGACCACAUCAAAGUUACUCAGGAGCAGUAUGAGUUGUACUGUGAGAUGGGAUCCACUUUCCAACUCUGCAAGAUCUGCGCAGAGAACGACAAGGAUGUGAAGAUCGAGCCCUGCAGACACUUGAUGUGCACCUCCUGUCUCACUGCCUGGCAGGAGUCCGAAGGUCAGGGCUGCCCCUUUUGCCGCUGUGAGAUUAAAGGCACCGAGCCCAUCGUGGUGGACCCCUUCCACCCGAAGGCCAGCGGCGCUUCCUUCGCUGGCUUCCAGGCGUCCAGCAGAGCGGAAGCCGCCGGCAACGAGGAGGAAGAGGACGAUCGGCUGGACGACCUAGUCAUAGGCGGGCUGGCCUGCAGCAAGGUGGAGCGCGCGCCGUCUCCAGUGUCUCAGCUGCCUCCGGUGCCUCCGCGACUGGACCUCCUGCAGCAGAGAUCCUCCGGCUUCCAAAGCCCACAGCUUCCGGGAGCCACAGCCAAGAUGAUGGCCACUCACAGAGACAAGCCUCUACCUCUGCCUCCAUCCCUGAGAGAGCUGCCGCCGCCUCCCCCUCCUGAGCGCCCCUCCCUGGGCGGCCAGGACUCCAGGCUUCAGAGGAGACCCCUGCCCUCCACCCCGGAUCAGCCCGCCUGGGCUGCCAACUACAUGGUCCCUCGUCCCGUGACCAAGGCCCCCGCAGCCCUGUCCUCCACCCAUCAGAGCAACGGAACCAGCGGCGAGUCGAGCAAACCGCAGUCGGCUACCAACGCCGUGUACUGCCUGUCUGCAAGGUCUCUGCCGGGGUCGUCGGCGGCGUCGAGCGGCGAGAGGCCGUCGUCGGACUGCGAGGAGAACGAGUACAUGAGUCCCACCUCCCUUCCGGCUUCUGGUGCCCACUGGGUCAUAACGGGCUCCUUGGUGCCUCCGCCGCCCACCCAGGCAAACAACCACAAUGACAUCAGCCCGGAGGUGGGGGACAGUGACUCUGAGGACCCCCAGGUUUACGAGUCCAUGUGUAACAUCCAGAGCCAGGCUGGGUCCACUGAGACGACGCAGGCCGCUGACCUCGACCCCCUUCCACAUCCAGCUGUGGCUUCCCAGGACAAAAAGGAGGAGGCGGCCGUGGAUGAUGUUUACUGUCUGUACGACUGUCCCAGGCCGGUCGUCCCUCCCGCCCCCACCAGGAGAAUGCUGUCGGACAUCAGCGGCCUCUCUGCAGCCUUCAGCACUCUGAGCGUGGACAGCGCAGCAGAAGCCAGUGCGUUCGCAUCAGGCGUCGACCCCGAGCGACCCCCGAAACCUCUGCCACGUCGAGCCAACUCCGACCGCCGGCCCCGACCUCUAAACCGAGAAUUCCUCGCCCCGUUGCCAGACCUCCCGGGUCCCUCGUCCUCUCCUCCUCUUCCUCCUCCUCCUCCUCCUUCUUCUUCUUCUUCUCUGGCCCCGACUCCAGCUCCGGCUCCUUCUUCUUCUUCUCCUGCCGCCGCCGCCGCCGCCGCCGCCUCCGGCCCCGGGAACCUGGCUCUGAACGGGGAGAUCGAAUGCCUGAUGUCCCAGGGCUAUUCCAUCCAGGACAUCCAGAAAGCCCUGAUGAUCGCCCAGAACAACCUGGAGACGGCCAAGAACAUCCUGCGCGAGUUCGUCUCCAUCCCCUCGACGGCGCACAUCGCCACAUAGUCGCUCCAGUCAGUCACCCCCCCACUCCACCCACACCCACCCACACCCCUCUGUCUCGUCUCUGUCUCCACUCUGUGCCAUUAUCAUUGAUAGCAUUACCAAGCACUUUCCUGCAGGGCCACAAGCAAUUCGUUUGCCAAAAAAAGGCUCGAGAGACGCGGCGCGGUGCUGCGUUCACGUCGUAUGGGAACUUUCAGACACUAUACAGUAUUAGCUGGCUUCUUAAGAGGAGUCUCCUCGUGCCAAGAGGCCGGAACUAAAGCCUCAAACUCAAACGGGAAAUAGAUGAUUUCAGCUCGGUAGGACGACGGGGACGUCACUUCAGACGACGGAGAACCGACGUCGCGUAUGAUCUGAACGCAGCACGCGUGGAGAAUCAAAGCCUUUAAGUUGAGCUCUGUGUAGCCGAGCUUCGGACCCCCCCGCCCAGCGCUUGAAACCGAGGCCCCUCGGUCUCAUUAAGCGUCGAAGCCGGCGGAUCCCGCUCAGUUCGGUGCUUUACGGGGCUUCUUUUUUUUUGCGAAAUCGUGGCGUGCGAAUAUGUAGCGACGCGAGCUCGGUCGGGGAGAAAUUUAGCGCCGUGACCCCCGCUAGCGGCGUGCGUGUUCAUGCUGAUGAAUGUUCAGUUGCAGUGCAGUAUUGCAGGGCUUCGUGUCGUCGCCGUGGCUCGCUCUGUUUUUUUUUUUCGAUGGUGUGUCGACAUAAGUCGAACAUCAUCUCCUCCCGGUUCAGUGAUCGGUUCUAUAACGAAAGUAACAAGUUUAAUGUUUAAGUACUCUCAUAAACGUGUCGUGCCGUGUGUAGUACUAACAGUGGCUCGAGUUCAUCAUUGUCAUUUAUCGUCACGUUUUUCCCGCCGCUGUGCCAGGCGGCCGAAAAGCUUCUCUAGACUUUAAUAGUUUCUUAGUAACGAGAUAAAAAAAAAAGAAAAAACUAAAGGACUUCUCUCUUCUAACAGCUCGGCGUCACAGAUUUUAGCUUCACUGGGUUCGGUGAGAAGUCGAGGGAUUUACACCGAGCUCUAAAGCAAAAAAAAAAAAAUUAAAAAAGACAAAAAAAACUAAAGUUGUUGAGUUGUCAUGUGGACUCAGGUACUCAGUAAUAAACCAGGGUUAUGUGUUACACGAGUGAACAGAUGCUGAAGGAUACGCAGAGACAGAAACAUUCCAGAGGUUGGAUUUUCCUUUAAGUUUCCCCCCGUUUAGAUCGACACUCAACUCGAAUACACAUUUAAUAUUUUAAAAAGCUCAUGUUCGGACUCAUACGUGUUUCUUACAGGAUGAAAAGAAACAAACCCAGCUGGAGGAAAAAGACACUAGUAAUACUUGGAUAAAAUGCGCUUGAGUCUUGACAUGAAUCUAUUCACAUCCCAGUAAUGGUUUCAUCUUUAGUCUCGUUGCAGUUUAACUCCUGCACACAAGGGGGCAGUGCUGAACACACUACUACUACUACUUAACAUUAUUUAAAACUCGCGCCACCUUUUGUCGACUCAUUAUUUAUUCUAACUUAAAUGGAAACACGCUUUUCUCUCUGGAAUAAAUAUGAACCGCGUGGCCGCUUCAGUGCGUCGCAGUCGGCACAUUGUUCAAGUGUUGUAGUUGUUAGUCUGGUGAGUUCACCUUUCAUCCUGUGAAUCAUUUCAUGAGCCCCCUCGUCUACAUGCUCAGUCCUGGGUCAGGUUUUGUUUCCUCUCUCCCAACGAAACGUCCAGAUUCAAACACUUAGAAUGUCUUUCGUCUGCACAGAGAAGCUCCACACUUUAGCAUUUUAAUGUCAAGUCUACAUGAGGGCUGGUACGUUUAAGAUUUAAGAGAAAAAAGAAAAAAAAAAUGUCCCAAGAUUUUAACAAACAUCUUCACCUUCACACACACACACACAGGUUGUAGAGUUUAGGUAUAGUUACUUUUUUCCGUUCCAAAAUAAACAACUGGUCACUGAUGAUUUCUGCAGAAUAGAAAAUGUGCCUUCCGUCUGUCACAAACCAAAACGCUGCGAAGCAACGACUCCGACUUUCUUUUCAGAGACUCACAACCCACAACAGUAAAUAUAAAGUUUGGAGACCGUACUUGACAUUAAGUAUGAAGGAUAUUAGGGAUCCCCUUUAAUUUGUACAGAGCAGGUUCAUUUUAAUUAAAUACACUUCAGCGCCCUCUGGUGGACAAACAACGUAACGACACGCGAUCUCAAUUAAGUUGACAUUGUAUCGUCAUAAUUUCUUUUAAAAUGAUCUAUUUCGUAAUAAUCCGAUGAGAACAAUUCACAAGCCAUCUCUCUCUUUAUGUCUUUAGUGAACGCAAAGUGCUGCUUUCAUCCUCACAUUCUUCCUCUUUUGGGAGUUCGACCACACUGCCUCCACAAUUUCAGAAAAACGUACGACACUAAGAUAAUAAAUGCGAAUAAAUGAGCCUGGAGUUGCCCUACAGGAACGAAUCUGUGGCAUCUUAAAAGUUUUUGUUUUGUCUUGCAGCUUUAACCCCCCCGUCCCCCCGUCCCCCUCAGAAAGCAUUUCUAAGCAGCAUGAUGCUCCUCCUCGUGUUGCCCCCCUCCCCAGAUCAGAGACGGCGUAUUUGACACCAGUCCCUCGGCUUCGUGUUCACUUGAUCUGUGUUUCAGGGCUCGUUGCUGAAUCACUGCCAGAGGCUCCGCUGUCUCGCACACUUUUUCCCUCAGAGUCGCUGGUAAAACUAAACCCACUGAUUAAUGACGUGUGUAGAAUCAUGUUAACUAGCCUUUUUCAGCAGGAACUUGCCUAACUAAAAAGCUUUUUGUUAUCGCCUGUGUAGAUAUGAUUUUAUUUAUUGUCUUUUUAAUAUCCUCAACAUUCGUUAUGUUGCAAUGUUUUCAUGCCUAAGCCAUUAAGAUUUUUAAUUAAACUGUAUUUUCUUUAACAUUUGAA